CUGGAUGUAUUAUUGAUAAUUUAAAUAUUAAUACUCUGGAAUAUUAAUAUCUACAAUCCAAGUCGUUAUAAUACUUUACGUAAUGAACUCAAUAAAUCACAAUUUUUCAACUUUGUAUAUAUUUAAUUUCAAAUACCAAAGCAUUUGAGAAACCAACUUAGUACAUUGGAACAUAACUGUUCAUCAGUCAGCAAACUACUUAAAAAUGAUAAUUAAAGCAAUGUCCACCAUACAGCCACUAAAUGGUUAAAAAUAGCAUAACCCAAAUUUGCAAAUUAUUUCAUAAAAGGGAUUUAUCAGUGCUGUAUUUUGCCAUCAUUUAUUUCCAAUCACCCUGUCAUUAUGUAGAUUAUACGAGGCAAAGAACAGCAUCCAGUUCAGGUCUGGAAUCCUAGGAAGACAAUGUACCAGUUCAAGGUGAUUACUGUGGGAUCAUUAGCUAACAGAUUAGGCUGGUAUAAAAACAAACAGGAACAAAGAUACAAGGCAAUGAUGUUUGUUUUGUGUUUGCUAGUGGAGGCUCUUAGCGUGUUAUCAGCGAGUGUCGUGGGAACAACUCCUGUGGAAUCUCUAAACGAUAGAAACAACACUAAAUAUUUAAGUGCAUAUGGAGAGUAUUUUGAAGGUGACAUUAUAUUGCUACCAGAACAAAUUAAUUACAUCCGACAGAGUCAGAAUGCGGAUGACUCAGUUAAGUCUCUGAUAUCUGACCCCACAGCACUAUGGCCUGGCAAAACUGUGUAUUACGAUUUUGCUCCUGGAGAGUUCAGUCUUGCUCAAAGGCAGACAAUCAUAUCUGCGCUCAAUGAUAUCAUGUUUGCCAGCUGCAUCAGGUUUAUCCGCCGCACUACUCAGCCCACAUAUGUUGUGCUACGCAACAACGGCAUAGGGACACUUGGACACUGGUAUGAAGACUGUAGAGAUGUUGGUUCACAGACAAUGGGGCUGACAGGACAGGGAGUAGAUGUGUUAGUGCCCGUCAUCAGCACCCGCUCCCGUGAAUCACCAGCUGGUAACUGA